AUGUUGAAAAACGUGUGUGUUUUGUCAUAUCUUGUCCUUCAAAGCAUAAUUGAAAGAGCCGCUGGCGUAAUUUACACAUACGAAGAUGUUGAACUAAGACGAAUUUUUCCAAGAGAAUUCCCCCAGGAUACAGUACGGCGAAGUGGUUCAUUGGAUCCAGAACAUUUAGGGCGAUAUAACGAACUGAAAAGGUAUUUUAAGUAUCCAAAAGCCCAACUGAACAGCCACUUUGAAGAGUUGGAAUGCUAUGAAGAUGGUCAAAAAAAGCUUUGUAAAAUAGAUUUGGACCGGCACUCGCCGGAUGAAGACAACUACUAUAUGACUUCAAAACAGGAGAGCCACGUCGACCGCCGUAGAGUCUACUGCUUCAUGCUGCUUUGCUUCACGGAAGAUGAGCUUGACAGGGUCGUUGCUUCGUUUUAA